AAAAGCAGCGAAUUCCUUUACUUGCCACUGGCAAAACUGGCACUCUGGCAAAACUGGCGCUCUGGCAAAACUGGCGCUCUGGCAAAACUGGCAAACUGGCGCUCUGGCAAAACUGACUAGCACUUUAGUAAACUGGCGCUCUGGCGAAACUGGCGCUCUGGCAAAACUGGCGCUCUGGCAAACUGGCGCUCUGGCAAAACUGGCACUCUGGCAAACUGGCGCUCUGGCAAAACUGGCACUCUGGCAAAACUGGCGCUCUGGCAAAACUGGCGCUCUGGCAAAACUGGCGCUCUGGCAAAACUGGCGCUCUGGCAAAACUGUCGGCGCUCUGGCAAACUGGCGCUCUGGCAAACUGGCGCUCUGGCAGAUGGAUAAAAAGCAAAAAACGUAG